GGCGGGGUCUCCACCGCCUCCUCCGCUGCGGGCCGAGGAGAGAUGGCGGCCGCCGAUGGUGUCGGGGAGUCUGCGCAGGGUGGCGAGCCCAGUCAGCCGGAGCCGCCGCCGCCCCAGCCGCCCCAGGAAGAGGCGGUGGCGUCCCCUAUGGACGACGGGUUCUUGAGCCUGGACUCGCCCACCUAUGUCCUGUACAGGGACAGAGCAGAAUGGGCCGAUAUAGAUCCAGUGCCACAGAACGAUGGUCCCAAUCCAGUGGUCCAGAUCAUUUAUAGUGAAAAAUUUAGAGAUGUCUAUGAUUACUUCCGGGCCGUCCUGCAGCGCGAUGAGAGAAGCGAGCGGGCGUUUAAACUGACCAGAGAUGCCAUUGAGUUAAAUGCAGCCAAUUACACAGUAUGGCAUUUUCGAAGAGUUCUCCUUAAGUCACUUCAGAAGGAUCUGCAUGAGGAAAUGAACUACAUCACAGCAAUAAUUGAGGAACAGCCCAAAAACUAUCAAGUUUGGCAUCACAGGCGCGUGCUGGUGGAGUGGCUGAAAGACCCAUCUCAGGAGCUUGAGUUUAUUGCCGACAUUCUCAGUCAGGAUGCCAAGAAUUACCAUGCCUGGCAGCAUCGGCAGUGGGUCAUCCAGGAAUUUAAACUUUGGGAUAAUGAGCUACAGUAUGUAGACCAGCUUCUCAAAGAGGAUGUGAGAAAUAACUCUGUCUGGAACCAAAGAUACUUCGUAAUUUCGAACACCACUGGCUACAAUGAUCCUGCUGUUUUGGAGAGAGAAGUCCAGUACACUCUAGAAAUGAUUAAACUAGUACCACAUAAUGAAAGUGCAUGGAACUAUUUGAAAGGGAUUUUGCAGGAUCGUGGUCUUUCUAAAUAUCCUAAUCUCUUAAAUCAAUUGCUUGAUUUACAACCAAGUCACAGUUCCCCUUACCUAAUUGCCUUUCUCGUGGAUAUCUAUGAAGACAUGCUAGAAAACCAAUGUGACAACAAGGAGGACAUUCUUAAUAAAGCAUUAGAGUUAUGUGAAAUCCUAGCUAAAGAAAAGGACACUAUAAGAAAGGAAUAUUGGAGAUACAUUGGAAGAUCUCUUCAGAGCAAACACAGCACAGAGAGUGACCCACCUACAGAUGUACAGCAAUAACACCAUCUAGAAGAACUUGAUGGGAUGCUUCUAUUUUUUUAAGAGACUCUAAUGCAGGAGUUAAGAACUAGAGUGAUCAUUCCCUUGGCCUGUGGUGUAAAACAUGCGUCCCACAGGUACUGCUUUUUAACACGAACUAGGUGUGAUGCUUUUUGGGUGCUGCUGCGUUUCAGACUAGUUUAAGUAAUUGGACUCUUUCUAAGCAAAGUAAUUCUUUGGGAGGAGGGAGAAGAAACAAGGUCCUGUAAAGGAACUUCUGUAGUCUUAUCAACAUUUACUCUAAUUCCCUAGCACCACCUCCUCCCUAAGUCGUGUAUGUGUCAGGAUCGGCAGCCUCAAGGAUUGCACGAAACUUGAGUGUAAAGGAUAGGAGGUAACUGAGAGCAGUUGUUCCUUUAGAGCUGCUGCAUACGCCACACUCACAGUAUCUCACCAUCACUGUAACCAACUAAUGCCAAAAGAAUGGUUUUGUAAUAAAAUUAUAAAUGUAUCCUAAAACAA